GUCACAGUACAUUUGUCACCAGACUCACGAUGCUUUUAGCAAUACUUUGUGCAGUUAUCUUGUUCCUCUUACAAGGGAAGUGUCACACGAGAGAAGUGUUUGUAGAGGAAGGUAAAAGACUAACGCUGACAUGUAAGUUCCCCGCACAUGAUAACUCAUCUAUACAAUGGCUCACCCCAAAGGGUUACAUCGCUUUCUUCAACAACAUAAGAGUUUUAAAAGACAGAAGAUUUGGACUAAUUCGCUAUUCAAGAAAUGUGCUGCGUAUCAAGUUAUGGAAUGUAACCCUUGAAGAUGAGGGCGUGUAUACCUGUCUGCUCUAUACCUACCCAGUGCAAAGAACAAAUGUAAACGUCACUAUUUUAGCAGCUCCAUCUAAACCUAUAGUGGUGGUCAGCCCCCCGCGGUAUCACCCUGAGGACAACAUAGUGCUGACCUGCCUCACCUCUGGAAGCAAGCCUGCCCCCGAAAUCACCUGGUUACUGGACAACGCCAUUGAAGUUUUUGGGGAGACCAAAUACAGUUAUGAUGGGAAGAGAUGCAACGCGACGAGCUCUUUACAGAUAAAACGAUUUGCAAAGCGUUCAUCAGCCAGGUGCAUAGCCAGACACCAUCUGCUGCACCGGGCGCGUGCUACUAAAUCCUUCAUGUUUCAGGGGUUAAAGAAUGAGACGGAGGCAGAAAGUUUACGGACCAGCGUGUUUACAUCACAUUAUCCUGAGAAUGAGACGGAGGCAGAAAGUUUAUGGACCAGCGUGUUUACAUCACAUUAUCCUGAAAUGACAACUUCUGAAAUACCAGAAAAAAAUUUCACUGUAAAAAUAACCAGCAGUGACGACGCCACCCUGGAGCAACUCACCACAACAUGGUCAACAACAUUUUCUGAUAUGUCAGAACGAGGUUCAGCAUCAAGUUUAGAGCCAUCAAGAAGCAACAGUGAAUCUGUCUCCAGUAAAAGCGCCACAACACAGAUCGUGGCUUUCUCAAUAAGAUCAAGUGGAGCUCUUCUUUUGGGUUUGGUCGGUCUUAUGAUAUUUGUUUUGUUCAUCAUCCUACAACUUUUCCUUGUGAAGCUAAAAAGAGCACACGACAACUGGAAAAAAGAAAAUGACAUUUCAGAUCAAACAUUGGAGAGCACAAAAUCCAGGUCCAACAAUAAUGAGGAUGCGGGAAAACAGCAGAGAAAUGCAGCAGCUACAGACCACAAGGGCGUCAAUCAGUACAAUGAAGUAGCUAAAUAAAAAUCUCCAGAAGAACCUCCAGAUACUCCAAAAGAAACGCACUUAUAUCUGAAUGACUUUUUAUUUCAAUCUUGUUGUAUUUAAAUAUUUUGCAUAUGUAAUUGUUAUGAAAUAAGUUUCUUACAAUUUGUAAAAUAUAUAAGUUCCUUUACUCAUAAUAAAUGCUAAUCCUAUGCUGACAUUGUCUA